UAGAUGGCCUCAGUGAGCGACACCCGUGUACAGCCGCAGGUCUCCCAGAAGGAUGCUGCAGAUCAGAACUUCGAUUACAUGUUCAAACUGCUCAUUAUUGGAAACAGCAGUGUGGGAAAGACCAGCUUCCUGUUCCGCUAUGCUGAUGACUCUUUUACCCCGGCUUUCGUCAGCACCGUGGGUAUCGACUUCAAGGUCAAAACUGUGUUUCGCAACAACAAACGCAUCAAACUGCAAAUAUGGGACACAGCUGGACAGGAACGUUACAGAACCAUCACCACAGCAUACUACAGAGGAGCCAUGGGCUUCAUCCUCAUGUAUGACAUCACUAAUCAGGACUCGUUCAAUGCUGUACAGGACUGGGCUACUCAGAUUAAGACGUACUCGUGGGAUAAUGCCCAGGUGAUUCUGGUUGGGAAUAAGUGUGAUCUGGAGGAUGACAGACUGAUUCCUACAGAGGACAGCCAGAGGCUGGCAGAGGAGCUGGGUUUCCAGUUUUUCGAGGCCAGUGCGAAGGACAAUAUCAAUGUGAAGCAGGUGUUUGAGCGGUUGGUUGAUGUGAUCUGUGAGAAGAUGAGUGAGAGUUUGGAGUCAGAAACAGCUCAGAUCUCUAAUCACCGUAACAAUGGCCUACAUGACCCGCCUCCGGAUGGGCAGGGACGGUGCGCAUGCUGACCUU